AUGAAGCUAUCAAAGGUUUUCUUGAUUCUUGAUGUUGUCAUGGCUCUAGUCCUCAGCAUUACUGCAUUUCCACAAGAACAAGAAGAUGCUGAUAAGGAUUAUGAAUUGACAAAACAAUCUGACGGAACAGUCGAAUUUAGUUCUGAACGUGAAUUUGGUCGCAUUCUUGCGCAAAAGAAAAGGAAAGCUCAUCGCAUGACCUGUAACAAGUUCCCCAGGAUUUGCCAUUCUAGGGGAAGUCCAGGGCCUUACUGCUGUCAGAAGAAGUGUGUAAAUGUUUUGACUGAUCGAUUUAACUGCGAAGCCUGUGGGAAGAAAUGCAAGUACAAUCAGAUAUUCUGCAAUGGCAAGUGUGUAAACCCUUCCUUUAAUAGGAAACACUGUGGGGUGGUGUAA